AUGGGGGCCCCCUCUCAGCUGAUGGCCACCUCCAAGGCCCUUAAACUGCUGCCCACCCCGACCUGGCCGCCCAGGAAUGCUUCUUACAUCUUUAUUGAAUUGGCUGCCGCUGCUACCAGCAGCCGACACAGCUUAACAUUGAACUUCAACAUCACCAAGCAAGCAAUCGAUUCAGAUCAGAUCAAAUUAAUCGCCAACAUGAAGUUCCCAACGUUCAAACGCUCUCAGCAAGAGCACACAGAUAAGCCAGCCAAGGCAAAGAAUUACCGCGUCUUGUUCCGCAAAUGGCCUCGCGUAUCGAGAAAGGGAACAUGGUGGUUGAUGCCUCUUGAGCUGAUUGGAAUUGUCCCUGCUCUGGUCAUCUUUGGCAUCUCUCAACCAAAUCUCUACCGUACCGAUAUGUGGCAGAUUGGCUGGGACCACAAUCCUCCUCUCAACUCGAACCCGGCCAGAAUUCUCUACGCUUAUGCCAAUUAUCAGCCUCAGCCAAAGAUUGCUCUCAUCUGGACACGAACCUUCACCAAUUUCAAUGUCGCUAUUUCGAUCAUCUCACUCUUCUUCCUCCUUGGCAAGCUUACUGCCUUUAUCAUGAGAGUUUGGUACCCCAUCUUCGCCACUUUCAUCAAUGUCAGCAUGGUCGCUCUCUACGCGGUCUGCGUCUACGGAACCAUUGGACCUGACUACACUGAUUCACGAUAUCCCGCUCCUGCAGCUUGGUACUACCGUAUUGGGUGCGAUAUUGCCAAGCCAUAUGGAAAGUACAAGAGCUGCAUGAUUGCUAAAUACUCGCUUGUAAUUGGUGUUUACAUGCUGGCAAUCUAUCUCUGCAAUCUAGGAUUCAGCAUCUAUGCCAUGCUCCCAAAUAAGAUCAACGAUGUCUCGGACGACGACGACGAUGAAGAUGGAUCUACGACUUCGGAGCCGAAGGGGGGCGUUUGGGAGAUGCACAACAUGAAGACUCCCAGUAUCCGAGCGAUGCCGUAUACUCCUCGAACACAGGCUUUUCACACUCUGGAUCGCCAACUGCCACUGCGAUCUCAGCAAAACAGAUACUAUGGUUGA